CUAUUUUGUUAGUGUCAAACUAAACGAUUUUCAAUAAAAGCAAAAGAAAAAUUCUGCGUUUUAUUUUGUUUUGUCUCCAGAUAGAAAGUGUUUUAACUUUAAAGCAAUUCAAAAAUGGGAAAAGGAUUCAAUAAUUACAUGUGCAAAAAGUUCUUUCAUCCCGCCUCCAGAGAUAAUUUGAAACGGGUAUGGAUGGCAGAACAACAGGCGGAGGCCUACAAAAAGAAACAGGAGGAACUGCGGAAUCAAUAUGAAAAGGAACAGGAACUGCACGACAACAAAGCUAUGCUCAGCAAAGAAAGCAAGGACAAGCUGAGCGUUAAUUUCAUGUACGAACUUCCCCCAGGCAUGAAGAAGGAACGGGAGAAGGAAACUACCGACGAGGCAGAGUACAAAUUCGAAUGGCAACGCAAAUAUAAUGCCCCAAGAGAAAGUUACUGUAAGGGCGAUACGGAGAUUCGUGAUCAGCCAUUUGGUAUUCAAGUGCGAAACGUACGUUGCAUCAAAUGUCACAAAUGGGGGCAUAUCAAUACCGAUAAGGAAUGCACAAUGUACAGUCUAUCCAUGAGCGAAGCCAAAAAAAUUCAUUCCGAGGCCGAAGCCAAUCAAGUUCUUUCGAAAAACGAUUUGGAACAAGGUCUCCGUGAAGAUGGCCUUGCUAUGAAGAGAAGUGCUAAAGAACUAUCCACGUCUCAUAAGCUGGUAGAAGAACCCGGAAUGGAUAAGGUACAGACUGAAACCGACUUUAUCAGAUCGCUUUCCACGAAGCAAAAGAAGAAGCUACUCAAAAAGUUAGAGAAGAUUGAAAAGCGCCACAAACAGGAGAAAAAGCAUAAGAAAAAGCGAAGAUCAGGUUCCAGUACAUCCAGCAGCUCAUCAAGUGAUUCCGACAAUGAAAAGCAAAAGCGUUCGGCGAAGAGAAAUGAACGAAAAACUCGCCGCGAAUCGAAUUCGGAGGACGAAGAUGAAAAAAGAAUCAAUAAGGAUAGAUCAAGAAAACGAUCUCGUUCACCACAUGCAAGUCGCCAUUACGGAGGAAACAGUUACGGCAGGCGAGACAGAGAACGUGACCAUUCCCGUUCAAGAAGCCCUCGACGUGAUCGUAAAAGACGUUAACUUUCGGAACUCGAGGGAAAAAUUGCACACUCAUGCAUUAGCGAUAAAUUUCAAAACUUGUGUUUAUUGUGAAGUUUAAUAAUCAAUAAAAACAUAUCAAUUAGUACAUUCA